GAGACGUGUUGACCAAUUCCCUUCAGGCCGCCAAUAUCUCGCCAUCUGUCGGCCAAUAUUGGUACUGAACAAUGGUGAUCGAACCGGUGAAUUUUCUGAUCAAUAAAACACGAUCAUCGAUGAAAUCAUAGUUAUAUUCAGCGUUCGAGCAUUUACAGAUCAAGGUGCAACUACAUGUAAAUAAAGAUGAAGGCAGUGAGUUCAUAUCGGGCAAAUUUAGCUGUUGAGAUUGCAAUAAGGCUAAUGUUGGGAGUUGUUUUUGUAAUGACAGAAUUCAUGGAACCUUUCCACAGAGUCAUCCAGCCUGAAGAAUUAUGGCUUUAUAAGAAUCCCGUGACAGUUAGCUAUGUAUCUACAUUAGUUCUUUGGUUCAGUGCAGCAACCCUUCCGACAGUCAUUAUAAUCGUGUUUGCAAUUGGCAAGCGGGACUUGUUUGAUGCAACCAGAGCAUUCUUAGCAUUAACCCUUGCAUAUGGACUUAACGGUGUGAUAACUAAUUCUGUAAAACUGGCUGUUGGGAGGCCACGCCCUGAUUUCUUUUACCGGUGCUUUCCUGAUGGCAAUUAUCGUCCUGAUAUGAAAUGUAGUGGUGAUGCACAGUCCGUCAGAGAUGGAAGAAAGAGUUUCCCAAGCGGGCAUGCUUCUUGGUCAUUCACAAUGCUAACGUUUAUAUCGCUAUACCUGGCGGGCAAGCUAAAAGCAUUCACAAACCAUGGUCGAGGGCAAUCUUUACGACUGGUCGCAGUGAUAGCACCAGUGUUCACGGCCACUUUGAUAGCUGUGUCAAGGACAGCCGAUUAUCAUCACCAUUGGCAAGAUGUGACAGUUGGCUCCAUCCUUGGUAUCACUUUGGCAUUCCUAUCAUACAGACACUACUAUCCUGCAGUGACUGACGACGAUUGCGAUAAACCCAGCCCACUCAUGUUGUCCGACCAAUCAGCAUUAGAAUACGACAACGGGAAAACCAAGGAGUACGCCAUGAGGAUUGUAUGACCCAAAUGAAGCGUUGGCAUGGAGGUGUUAAAUGAAGCAUAAUACUUGUUGGAUCGGUGCUUGGACUGCUCUCUGCACCUUGUUAAUCUCACAGAGUUUAUGCUAACUUUGUAUGCACAUGGGCUGGUGCUUGCAGUGCACCGGGAGAACAAGUUUCAGAUGAAUUUCUGGACAGAGACAUUGAUGAUUAGUAUCUAAAUCGAAUGGAUGAUCUUUAUUGUGUUUAAGGAUACUGCGCAUUCUAACAGUUGAUACUAAAGGGCAGAUAUUGAACUGGAUUUUAGAACCUUUUGUUAGUGUAAAAGAUGAACAGUUGUACUGAGCCUGUGGAGUGUCUUUUGGACUUACCAUCGUGGGAGCUUGACUCUAUAUACCACAUUGUUGUAAAGUGUUAAAACUAGACAGAGGUUCAUAAUGCUCACAGUUAAAGUGUUUAUUUUAUUCAUUUUCAUUUUCUCCCUCUGGCUUUUAAAAAAUGUCUUAUGUAACAUGACUUUGAGGUGCCAAGAAACAUUUUACAGCUUUAGUUCUUGUUCGAAUAUUGUACACCAUCUUCAAGGGAAUUGUACAUGAA